CCCGCCGCUCCGCCGAGGCCGCAGGUGCUCUACUUCGGCUCCGCGGGAAUUUUCCCGCACGCGACCAUGCCGCCUCCGCAGCCGCAACCUCCGCUGCACAUUGCGGUGCAACCGAGCCCGCCGGUCACGGUCGGCAUGCCCAUGGUCCUCGAUUCGACGCCACUCGUCAACAGCCCGACGGCGGCCGCGAAGCGCGUGCGGCUGUUCGGAGUCAACCUCGACAACCCGCACACCCACGGCGGCGAGUCAAGCAACGAUGCCAACGCAUUGUCGCUGCGGAUGCCGGGAUGGCAAAGGCCGACACCGUUUAGGUCGCUGGAAUUGCCCCAGCACGGUGCAGCCGGAGCGGAGUCGUCUGCGGCCUCGUCGCCGUCGUCAUCAUCAUCCUCCAAGAGAGAAGCGCAUUCCUCCUUGGAUCUCGAUCUGUGAAGGAUAUUUGGUGAGCUCGAUCGGGAGCGUGCCCAAGGAAAGUUCAACAAUUCCUUCUUCAGUUUGUCACCUUCCUUUUCUUCCUCUCCACCUUUUGCGGUUCCGUUAUAACAUUGAUAGAAGCCAGCAUUUAACAUUUCAUUUUCGUUUUCGUUUUGGCCAAUCAAAUUCUUGGGUGUUGGUUUGAGAAUUAUUAAUAUAUAGAGAGAAACUAGCGAAUCAAUCAAUUCUUCA